AUGUUAAUUGAAAAUGAUGUUGAACCAAAAAUGAAUUAUGCGGUUAAAAAAGGUUUAAACCUAAUAAUACCGAAUAGCGGUGAUAUUAUCGAAGGUGUGACAGGGUUGGUUAAUACCGCCAAAGAUGCCUUGAGUGAUAGACAGUCAGCUGAUGGUCAGGUGACGGCCGUCAAGGAACGUGUCGAUGGACACAUCGCAAUCAUCAAACGGACGUUCAAAUAUAUAUUAGGUCGUAUAGAAAUGUUGGUCCCGGCUAUAAUUUAA